AAGCUGCCAGGAGAAUUCACAAUCCUGGGGAUGGGGGCCAGGCAGGGGAGGGGGGAGUCAGGCCAGUCCCCGCAGAGCGAGGGGCGGACAAGCCGAGACUACAGAAAGCAGGCCUCGCUCGCGCUCCAAAGUAAAGCAAACCGUCCUCCCGGUCCUGCCGGGUUCCCGCAGCCCCUCUGGAAAACUCCUUCCCCUCUUGCACCAAACUUUGCGCCCGGCUUUGCUCCCUCCCGGGGAGGCUGCGGCGCGCGAAGGGUUAAGCCUGCCUGUCCCAGCUGACAGUCAGCUGAUUGGGCCCUGAUUGACAGCUCCGAAAAGUUUCCUUGUUUCUAUACUAUUAUGCUAAUCGCGGCCGCUCUCGCCGCCUCCCAUUGGCCCCGAGUACCAGUCAAUUUCCCCUUUGGGCCUGACGUCACAAGUGGUAUAAAACUCAGCAAUUGCUUUAAACUCUUCUUGCUGGAUCAGAGGCUUUAAAAUCUUUUUUCAUCUUCGGGCUGUAGCUCGGGCUGCUCGUCGGCUCGGCCUCCCCCUUUCUGCUCUCUGCCUCGCUCUUCCCCAGGACUUCGCUAUUUUGCUUUAAAAAAAAAAAGGCAAGAAAGAACUAAACUCCCCCCUCUCUCUCCUCCAGCCGGGCUGCACCUCUGUCUUGCACUUUGCACGGAGGGAGAGAGAGCGCGCGCGAGAGAGAGAGGAAAGAAAAAAAUAAAAAGAGCCAGGCAGAAGAGGAGGCGAGAAGCAUGAAGUGUUAACUCCCCCGUGCCAAGGCCCGCGCCGCCCGGACAGCCGCCCGCCGCGCCUCCAGCCCCGAGCGGCCGCCGCGCGCGCCCCGCCUGCAGCCCCGGGCCGGCGAGGCGAGCCCUCCUUAUGCAAAGCGCGCAGCGGAGCGGCGAGCGGGGGACGCCGCGCACCGGGCUGGGCUCCUCCGGCUUCGCCGCCGCCGCCGCCACCGCAGCCCGCGGAGGACCUUCCCGAGCCUGAAGCCGCCGGCUCGGCGCGCACGGAGGCGAGCAGGCGAGGAGGGGCCGGGGCGAGCGAGCGAGCACAUUGGCGUGAGCAGGGGGGAGGGAGGGCGGGCGCGGGGGGCGCGGGCAGGGCGGGGGGGUGUGUGCGCGCUCGGAGGUUUCGGGCCAGCCACCGCCGCGCGAGCUAGAAGCGCCCCAGCCCGGCAAGCUGGCUCACCCGCUGGCCACCCAGCACAGCCCGCUGGCCCCUCUCCUGCAGCCCAUCUGGCGGAGCGGCGGCGGCGGCGGCGGCGGCAGGAGAAUGGCAUCAGAACUGGCAAUGAGCAACUCCGACCUGCCCACCAGUCCCCUGGCCAUGGAAUAUGUUAAUGACUUCGAUCUGAUGAAGUUUGAAGUGAAAAAGGAACCGGUGGAGACCGACCGCAUCAUCAGCCAGUGCGGCCGUCUCAUCGCCGGGGGCUCGCUGUCCUCCACCCCCAUGAGCACGCCGUGCAGCUCGGUGCCCCCUUCCCCCAGCUUCUCGGCGCCCAGCCCGGGCUCGGGCAGCGAGCAGAAGGCGCACCUGGAAGACUACUACUGGAUGACCGGCUACCCGCAGCAGCUGAACCCCGAGGCGCUGGGCUUCAGCCCGGAGGACGCGGUCGAGGCGCUCAUCAGCAAUAGCCACCAGCUCCAGGGCGGCUUCGAUGGCUACGCGCGCGGGGCGCAGCAGCUGGCCUCGGCGGCCGGAGCCGGCGCCGGCGCCUCCCUGGGCGGCAGCGGAGAGGAGAUGGGCCCCGCCGCCGCCGUGGUGUCCGCCGUGAUCGCCGCGGCCGCGGCGCAGAGCGGCGCGGGCCCGCACUACCACCACCACCACCACCACCACGCCGCCGGCCACCACCACCACCCGACGGCCGGCGCGCACUUCGACGACCGCUUCUCCGACGAGCAGCUGGUGACCAUGUCGGUGCGCGAGCUGAACCGGCAGCUGCGCGGGGUCAGCAAGGAGGAGGUGAUCCGGCUGAAGCAGAAGAGGCGGACCCUGAAAAACCGCGGCUAUGCCCAGUCCUGCCGCUUCAAGAGGGUGCAGCAGAGACACGUCCUGGAGUCCGAGAAGAACCAGCUGCUGCAGCAGGUCGACCACCUCAAGCAGGAGAUCUCCAGGCUGGUGCGCGAGAGGGACGCGUACAAGGAGAAAUACGAGAAGUUGGUCAGCAGCGGCUUCCGAGAAAACGGCUCCAGCAGCGACAACCCGUCCUCUCCCGAGUUUUUCAUAACUGAGCCCACUUGCAAGUUGGAGCCAUCAGUGGGAUACGCCACACUUUGGAAGCCCCAGCAACGUGUAUUCACCACGAGUGUGUUCACAAAAUGAAAUUUAUGUGAGAACUGUACAUUCAAAAUAUAGGAUUAUUAUGAUGAUCUGCAGUCGUGGAAAACAACCUGCCCCUGACUUCUGUUUAGCGUCCUUUUUAAAGAAAAAUGAUUGUGUUAGAGAAGCAAGCUGUUAAAUGCAUAAUGUCCCUACUAAUUAACUCUGAGGGUCCCAUAUUCAGACCCAUAGGAAAGCGCACGGGUGCUCACGCUUUAUGACACGAGAAACUGAAUAGGUGCGAUUGUUUUCGACCUGUAGUAUUAGUUUUAAAAAUCCACCGAAAUUUAAAAGAUAUAUAUGUGUACAUUUAUACGAAGGGAAGUUUUCCAGAAAGUAACAGCAUUUUUAAAACAUACGUGGACCUGCACACUCUAAAUAGUACUUUUUCAUGCUUCAUUAUUUCUCUGGCAGAUAAUUUUACUAAGAAGAAAAAAAUAUUUGACCCUCCCUCCCCCAAGCAGAUGCCAAGGGUAGAAGCUUUAGGGGAGCCGAGCACCCUGGUUUUCUCGUAGGCCCUAGAUCGUGUUGUAUUUACUCGUGAUGUCGAUCAUGUUCAUUUAUCAGACGUAGCCAUGAAUGAAAACAAUGUAGCAAAAUACAAAGUUAGUUAAAUACACCCCUCCGUGUGCUUCCCCCUUCUCUGCUCCCAGGCCUUCACGAAAUCACUUCCCUUUAAUUUCCCCACAUCUUGCAUGUUUCCUUUUUCAAAACCCAUGUAAUAAUUUUUUACAAUGUAUCUGACACAUUAAUAGAUCGACAUCAAAUAGGCAGAGAUGCCACUUCCUGAUCUCGGUGAGGAAAUGAUGUCUAGAUAUCAUCUUUAUCUGCCUGCCUGCCAUAACCACCUGGGCCCCUUUCAACACAGCCCGCCCCGAUGGGAAAUGCUCUAUUUAUUAUUGAAGGCAUGAUUCUGACACUCUGAUUUCUUUCUCCCUUUAGUUUGUAUUUAGUAAUGUCCAUUCUAGAUACUUCUGUUCUUGUAUAGGUUCUCCCCUUGCCAAACCACAAACUUGACUGCUAAACGCACUGAGCAGGGGGCACAUGGUGGCCACCCUCAGGAACAUCGGGCACAGCUGUCCCCGGGGCCACGUUCCCAGCAUUUCGUCGUCUAAGUAACUGAUGCUGCUCCUGACACAUUCAAAGGGUCAGUGCAUUGAGAGGCUUGCCUUGUUGUUCCUGUCGAUUUUGUUGAGGCCAACUUGUUUCCGUAUUCACACACUCUUGGCUUUAUAAAAUGUACUCCUCCGGUAUUCUAGGCCAAUCAAUAUAUUUAAAAGUC